AUGGCAGGCUCACAAACCAUACUUGCUACAUCGAAUAUCCCUGUUAUAUUAAAUCAGCGUUUGAAUCGCACAAAAAAACACUGUCCGAGACGAGUUAAUAUGAACAAUUUGACUUAUGUUAAAUGUACGAACAGGCAAAAGAACUGUUUUGUGCCGAUUAAAUUUUGCUUAUUAAAUACAAGAUCGAUAAAUAAGAAAGAACUUAUCCUUAAAGAUUUCACGGUUGAAAACGAUAUUGACAUUUUUGCAGUAACUGAGACAUGGUUGCGUCACGAUAAUACUUUUUCUGUUGCUGAAGUCUGUCCUAAAGGAUACUAUUUUCAUCAUAUCCCAAGAAAAAACUCACGAGGUGGAGGGGUUGGUGUGCUACUAAAGAAGAGUAUACGUAUAAAAACACAAUCUCAAAGGAAAUUCAUCUCCUUCGAAUAUAUAGACGUAACUAUGGAAUGUUCAAAUAGUAGAACAAGAAUGGUUAUUAUCUACAGACCACCAUCCUCGAAGACCAAUCAACUAACUAAUUCUCAAUUUUUUGACGAAUUUUGCAACCUUAUGGAGCAGCUAAUAAUUCUACCAGGCAAUUUGUUAAUAGCCGGUGACUUCAAUUACUAUGUGGACAACAGUACUAACCCGGAUACCAUAAAAUUCAAUAAAAUAUUGGAAUCGUUCAAUCUACAACAACACGUGAAUGGGCCAACUCACAAGAAGGGUCACACCCUAGAUUUAAUAAUAACAAGAAUUGGCGAUCGACUGGUGACUAACAUUGAAAUACACGACCCCAUGUGUGCAGAAAUCCAGUAUCGCAAGCUGCGGAAUAUAAACAUGGAUAGUUUUAACGAAGACCUAGGAAAGUCGAACUUCAGUAGUGACAGUGAGCUACCAACUAUUAUCGAUCAGUACGAAAAGACUUUGGAAGAAACUUUACAGAAACAUGCGCCUUUAAAACGAAGAACUAUUACUCUCCGGCCAUCAGCACCAUGGUAUAACGAGGAAAUUGGUAAAGCCAAAAGACACCGUAGAAGACUCGAGCGUCGUUGGCGAGCAUCUAGACUGUGCAUUGACAAAGAGAUAUAUAUUAAACAAUGUCAGAUAGUGAAUGAUAUGAUCAAGGAAGCGAAGACAACAUAUUACUCCUCCGCCAUUUCUAAUAAUAAAUAUAAUCAGAAAGUAUUGUUUGAUACAGUUGACAAACUACUUCACAGAAAACCAGAGAAAUGUUAUCCAACUACAUCAUCAAAAACUGAGCUAGUUAAUAAUUUUGGGGACUUCUUUAGUAACAAGAUAGCAGUUUUACGUAGUGAUUUGGCCAAUAUAUCCACCUAUGACAGUCAGUUGAGACCAGCGGAACUGUUGACACAAUGCGUUGAGUUUAGAGUCUUUCAAACGGUAACGGAGCAAGAAGUCGAAAAUAUUGUUGACGCGAAUGGCAAGAGAUGCUGUGAACUCGACCCUAUACCUGCAACAAUUCUUAAAGGCUGUAAAAAGACUCUACUACCUACGUUUACUAACAUCAUCAACAAGUCACUCGAAACUGGAUGCAUGCCUGUACAACUCAAAGAGGCUAUGUUAAAACCUAAGCUGAAGAAAAGCAAUUUGGAGUUCGAAGAACACUCAAACUUCAGACCAAUUUCAAAUCUUAAAUUUCUAUCUAAGAUAAUCGAGAAAGCUGUUGCUACUCAACUCAUGGAACAUUUAGUCAAUAAUAACUUAGAAGAACCUCUCCAAUCAGCAUAUAAACGCUUCCACAGUGCCGAAACGGCCCUGCUUAAAGUUCAGAAUGACAUUCUUAUCGCUACUGACAAUCAGAAAUGUGUAGUUUUGCUGUUGUUGGACAUGUCAGCCGCGUUCGACACAGUUGACCAUGAAAUCCUAUUGGAACGAAUGUCAAAACGGUUUGGAAUUAAAGACAAGGUGCUAGAAUGGUUUCAGUCCUACCUUCAAAACAGAACACAAACUGUGAUGAUUGAUGGCGUUAAAUCUGCUGCUAAAGAUCUAAAUUGGGGAGUUCCGCAAGGCUCAGUUCUGGGCCCUAUUUU